AUGUCCAUGCCCACAAAAGCGCCGUGCGUGCUCGUAAAGUCAUGGUGUUUGAGGAUCGCCCACAUGGCAAAGACCUCGUCGCCCGACAGUGGGAUCAUGUUGGGAAUGCUCCACAUGAACGCAAACGAGUUCAUGCCGGCCGGUCGCGAGCGCGGCGCUCCCAACGCGUCCGUAGUCCAGCUGCCGCGUCCGGCAGGAGUCGUCACGAGCGUGUCGGCCACGAGCAAGUGCCCGUCGAACAACAACACCUGGCUUCCGGGGAAAUGGCCGCCCAAGCGGAUGGCCAGGGCAGCAGUGUCAGUCCCAUCUUCGUCCGUGUCUCCUACCGGCACCCGUUGCACAUCGUCGCCCUCCCAAAAGACUUGGUGCGGUGACUGUUGUACGACCCACUCCCGGUCCUCGGCACGCAGGUACACGGGGCAGUCAAACGCCGCGGCCCACUCCGAUGUUCCCGGCGGGCGUGCGCACAAGCACGGCGCGCUGACCAAUGGCCAGUUUGGGCUCAGUGACGAUGCUUGUCAGCCGCUCGUCGCCGCUGGUCGCUGGGUGGAACACAUUGCGAUAGUCGCGACGGACGUCAGCCAUGGUGAUGAACGCCUGCCCCGUAGGCAGCGUGAACUGGCGCGGAUCGUCGCAAAUGAUGCACGACGGCAGCUUGUCACGGUCGGCGGUCGGGAACUGCGUGCCACAGGCCGUGCAGACGAGCAGGGCGUCCGUCGCGUGAGGAUCUCGGACAUUGCCGAAACGAAGUACACGCUGGUCGCACCUUCCCCGUUGUCGGAUCGCGAUAAGUCCGUCCUGAGCUACCCCACCUCGGCCGAGCUGGCUGUUGGUGGCGUGUUCGCCAGGCACGCAGGGGCAGUUGCGACCCAGUCGACACCGCCAAUUUUUUUCUGCCGUGCCUGCUGCAUCUGGUUGUCACUGCAAUCGAGCCUCCGUCGAGCCAAAACAACAAUCAACAAACUCACCACGAACAAAAGGCCCAACCAAGACGCUUUGUCUCGCACGCAGGCCCUCCGCGCCCCACCGUGGUCGAUUCUACCCUACACGACUGCUCGAAUACGCACAUGCGAACCACUCUCCCCCACUCCUCGCCUCAGCAUGAGCUUCGCCAUCGAGGUGCCGGGCGCGGCCGUCCCCUUCAACCUGCCCGACCUCUGCAAAACGCUUCAGGCCGGCAACUCAAGCGACCACAGCCAGCGCCAGGCGGCGUCUCAGCAGCUUGAUGAGUGGCAGACACACCCAAACUACUUCUCGUCUCUGCAGCUCGUCUUCCUCGACCGCACGCUGCCCUACGAAGUCCGCUUUCUCGCCGUGAUCUUGCUGAAGAACGGCGUCGACAAAUACUGGCGCAGCUCGGCACGACUAAAGGGCGGGCUGCACCCCGAUGAGAAGGCACUGAUCCGCUCGCGGUUGUUGCAGGGCACGGUGGGCGAGGAGAACCGCACACUGGCACUGCACAAUGCACUGGCAACGGCCAAGGUUGUCCGCAUCGACUACCCACAGGACUGGCCGGCGGCGCUGCCUGACCUGGUGGCGCUGCUGCGGAGCGUCAAGGACACCGAUCCGGCCCAGCUGGGUGGUGGACUGCUGGUGUUGCUGCGGGUGAUCAAGGAGCUGGGCAGUGCCCGGCUUCGGCGGUCACAGACGGCGCUGCAGCACAUUGCGGAGGAGCUGUUUUACCUUUUGGGCGACAUCUACACGGCCAACACGACGAUAUGGAUGGGCUAUCUUACGGCACAGAAUGGGCAGCACGGAAAUGGUAACGGUGCGAACCGGACAAACGUCGACUAUGCGAUGAUCAACAGCUUGACGGCCCUGAAAGUGCUGCGGCAUCUGGUGAUCAGUGGCUUCGAGCACCCACACAAAUCUAAGCUUGUGGAGGAGUUCUGGUCCUUGACACAAACGCAGUUUGACCAGUUCCUACGCUAUGUCAACAACAACCACAGCCAGGACGGCAGCAGUGACGACGAUAUUGUCGGCAAGCACCUGCUCAAGUUCACGAGAUUGCACAUUGAUAUGAGCGAAGCACACCCUGCGAGCUUUGCGGCCCUACCCAACUCGGUGGCCUUAGCACGCGCAUACUGGGGCAUUGUGGCCAACUUUGCUGACGUGUAUACGAACUCGGGCGGCAUACGGCAAAACGGCUCGUCUGGUAAUGGCGGUGGAGGCGGCGGUGGAGAGGGAAAGUCAUCCAAGCUUGAGGGCCCGCUGUCUGAGAGGCUUGCUUUGCGGGGCUUACUACUGCUCAAGAGCUGUAUCCAGAUCGUCACUCAGCCACUGAAGACGUUCAAGUACCGCAGCGCCGAGGCGCAGCAGGACCAAAACGACGGCGUUCAGCGCAUUAAGAGCGAGCUGUUUACCGACGAGUUCUUGCUACAGGUGGUCGACACCAUCGUCACGAAGUUGUUCGUCUUCCGCAAAUCCGACCUCGAGGCAUGGGAGGAAGACCCAGAGGACUGGGAAGCGCAGGAGAGCGAAUCCGGCGCCGCGUGGGAGUGGCAGGUCCGGCCGUGUGCUGAGCGAGUCUUCCUCAGCCUUCUCAUUCACAACAAGCAGCUUCUGGUGCCGCCACUACUGGCGUACUUCCAGCAGGCGAUGCACAACGAGACAGAUCUGCUGACAAAGGAGGCCGUGUAUACGGCCAUGUGCAAUGCUGCCGUGGCGAUGGGUAAGGCAUUUGAUUUCGACAACUUCUUGAACACGACUCUUGUUCGCGACGCCCAGGUACAUGGGCCCCUGGCCAAGAUAUUGCGCCGGCGCGUCGCCAUCCUGUUGGGUUCGUGGGCCUUUUACGAGCUGCCGGAGGAGUCGCUCAAGGUGGUGUACUCGGCGUACGCCCAUCUACUGAACAAAAAGGAUCCGGCCAACGACGAAGUGGUUCGGCUGACGGCAGCCCGCCACCUCAAGUCGACGGUCGACGAUUUCCAGUUCCGUGCAGUGUUGUUCGAGCCGCACGCAGCCGGCGUGUUCUCGGCCCUUAUCGACCUGCUGCAGGAGGUCGAGAGCGACGAAACAAAGUUGGCAGUGCUCGCGACGAUGCGCACCUUUAUCGAGCGUAUGGAAACGAUUGCGGGCCAGUUCAGCGACGGCGUGGUGGCGGCGCUGCCGGGCAUCUGGGCAUCCGCACCCGAGGACACGUUCAUGAUCAAGCAGGCCGUUUUGUCGAUCCUGGCGACGCUCAUCAUGGCACUCGGCGCGGCGUCCCAGACGUAUCACGCGCUUAUCUUGCCGUUGAUUGCAGACGCCAUGAACCCGACCUCAACCGUGCACCAGUUCUUGUUUGAGGAGGCCGUGGACCUGUGGCGCAGCAUCAUGAGCCAGUCGGCAGCACCGCUGGCGGUCGAGCUGGUUGACUUGCUACCCCUUGCGCUACAAGUGCUCGACUACGACUCGCAGCUCGUGCAGACGUGCCUAGAAAUUGUAAACGCCUACAUUAUCUUGGCGCCCGACGCGGUACUGACGGACCGGUUCCGCGUGCCGACACUGGAAGCCCUGACGGGCGCCAUGGACGCCAAAAAGUGGGAGAUUGUGCACGCGGCUUCGACAAGCAUUCAAAAUGUGAUUCGCUCUGGCGAGAUGUUGGGCGGUGAGGCAGGCGUGGCGUCCAUUGUGAACGACCUCGUGCGGGUAAACAUGCUACCACGCAUUUGCGAGCGGCUGCGGGCCGCAUGGGAGGCGCACCAGUCGACAGGUCCCAAUGCCAAGACCAGCCCGAUCAAGCCGACGACGCAGGUCGAGUACGUACUGAUCCUGAGCCGUAUCGCGCUUGGCGACCCGAACGCGAUUCUCAACCUUCUCGGCUCCCUCCCACUGCCAUCCGGCGGCGUGCCGCAACUGACUGAAGCGACGAGCGGCGCCAAUAUCGAGGCGAUCUGGCCGUGGCUCAUAGCGGAGUGGUUCGGCAGCCUUGACAACAUGGGAAAUCCGGAGAGCCAAAAGGUGGCGUGCUUGGGGCUGACACGGCUGCUGGAGGAGCAGAGACCGUUGGGUGUCGGCAGCGGUAUUCAGUUUUUGGAUCUGGUCCUCGGCCGCCUCCAGGACUACCUGGCGAUGUGGACAAGCACCGUGAUGGAUGCACAGGGCGACGCGACGAAACCCGAUACGUACGUGUGGCCCGAAGGCGCGCCACCGCCGACCGAGUUCGACACGCCGCUGAUGACGGCCGAGGCGGCGUUUGUGGCCAAGGAUCCGUUGCACACACAGACUACACACCAGUUCAUCAUGGCGCGGUUGAUGAACGUGAUUGAGCGAGUGGGCGGCGAGGCGGCUUUCAACGACAACUGGCUAGUGAAUGUAGACCGAGACGUGCUGGCUGGGUUCCAGGCCCUGACAACGCCGCGGUCUAAUGACCAAUAUUAA